AUGACUUGGGAGAUUCCGAAAGACUACAAAUCGCGCCCGGUCGUGGUACUGGGAGGUGGUGUCCUCGGCCGCAGAAUUGCUGCAUGCUGGGUCGCUGGAGGCUUCCAUGUCAUCGUUCGCGAUCCCUCAGAAAAGUCCCGCAACGAUGCUGUCGACUAUAUCAAGCAAAACAUUGCUACCUAUCUCGCUCUCACCAAAAGUACCGCAGGAUCAUAUGAGGCCAUCGAGGAUUUCCAGGCCGCCGUGAGAGACUCGUGGCUCGUUUUCGAAGCUGUCCCCGAGAUUCUUGGUCUCAAGGAGAACACCUUCCUUGACCUUGAGAAGCAUGCCCCAAAAGACUGUAUUCUUGCCAGCAACAGCUCUUCAUAUAAGAGCAGUGAGCUUCUUGGCAAGGUCACCGAUGCCACCAAGACUCGAGUUCUGAAUACGCAUUACAUGAUGCCUCCUCAAGCUCUGAUUGUCGAACUCAUGACCAGUGGCUCGACAGCCGAAGCCAUUUUCCCAUUCCUGGAGGAUGAGCUAAGCAAGGCUGGUCUGCAUCCAGUCUCUGCAAAGAGGGAGUCCACCGGUUUCAUCUUUAAUCGCAUCUGGGCAGCUAUCAAACGUGAAGUUCUCGCAGUCAUUGCAGAGGGCGUUUCGGACCCCAAAACCAUCGACGCGAUCUGGAUGGAACAAUACCAGAGUCCCUCAGGACCAUGCACCAUGAUGGACAGCGUUGGUUUGGAUACCGUCGAACACAUCGAGACCCACUACGUGCACGAUCGUCACUUGCCCGAUACAACACUCAAGUGGCUUCACGAGAACUACGUUGAGAAGGGCAAGCUCGGCAACAAAUCCGACAAGGGUGGGCUCUAUCCUCCGCCCACACAGGGUCAAGGCUCGAAACUGUUGGUUCUCAACAUGUACCAGGGCUCGUACCCUGGUGAGCUUUCCCUCCAGAAAGUCUUGACCAGCGGCCAAGUCUUGGAGUUGUCUGUUGAUAACAAGAAUGCGCGACCCGUCGCUUUGGUCACAGACCAAGGUUGCCCCGACGGUAUUGAUGUGUACGGCGACAGAAUGUACUGGACUUGCAUGGGCAUGGCCCCGAAGAACGACGGUGCCGUCUACUCCGCCAAGCUCGACGGUAGCGAUAUCAAGACCAUCGUCAAACCAGGCGACGUCCACACCCCCAAGCAGCUUCACGUUGAUAAGGCAAACAAAAAGCUCUACUUCUGUGACCGCGAAGGCUUGCGCGUCCAUCGUUCCAACCUUGAUGGCUCGGACCACGAGAUUCUGAUCCAAACCGGAGACUGGCAGACCGAAAAGGACAAGGUCAAGGACCAAACCAACUGGUGUGUUGGUGUCACUGUCGCCCCCAAACUUGGCAAGUUCUUCUGGACACAAAAGGGCUUCCCCAAGGGAUCUCAAGGCCGUAUCUUCUCCGCGAACAUCGAAAUGCCGUCAGGCGCCACCGCAGAAACCAGAGAAGACGUUGAAUUGGUCCUUGGCGACCUGCCCGAACCCAUUGAUCUCGAGUUCGACGAGCCCACAGGUGUCCUUUACUGGACCGACAGAGGCGAGUUGCCAUUUGGCAACACCUUGAACAAAAAGACCAUUGUUGGUCAAGCCCCAGAGGCCGAGAAAGCGCUCGGUCGUCAGAUUAUAGCACAAGGAUUUGGUGAGGCUAUCGGUCUGCGCAUCGAUGACCAGAAGCAGCGUAUCUACGUGGCAGAUCUCAGUGGAAGAAUUUGGGAAUGUUUCACAGAACCCGGGCCCAAGACCAAGAUCUAUGAAGCUGCAGGCCACGCAUACACUGGUCUGGUUGUACUCAACUAUUAG